GAAGGAAGAACCCGACAACUCCGUGCAAGUCAGCGGCAGAAGCAUGCUCUUCCGACCAGCCCCAAUUUCUUCGCUGCCCAGUCAGUAUUUCUUUCUGCAGGUAUGGAGUCAAUUUUUGGCCAAAUUUGCUCAGGGGCCAUGAUGAAUCAAGGGAAAUUGGAAGGUGAAGAUCAGAGGAGUCUAGGGUUUUGGCCGAGAUUUUGUAUAAAUAGGCUGAGUUUUUUCUUUUUGAGGAGGGAGUUCAGAGUUCUAGCUCCUUGGGACGUGUCGGCAGUGAAGAGAAUUUGUUAUUCCAUUGUUGAAAUCUUAGUUUCCUUAAGCAAAUUUUCAGCUAACAACCUAGGCGUGGAUGCCAUAUUUGUGUACACAAAGUUCGGACAUUUGGCACCACUCGUCUCAAAACUGUCCGUAUCCACCCAUAUUUGCCUUCACUAGUGACAAUGACUCCCGGCUGGCUUUAAAUCUGUAAUGGGGGGGGUUAUUCCCUUGCUUGUUGAUCUUUCAGAUGAUAUGGAAGGCAACAUCUCAAGAACCAUGGAUCUUACAAAAACAAAGGAAAUGGUGAAACCUCGAGAUAUUGUUUUGGUGGUUUCAGACUCAACUCCAACCAUCCUAAAUCCGACUGCUUUCCAGGCAAUCUAGGUCAGGAAGGUUGACUAGCAUUCUCCAUGAGAGGCAAGUUGAUGUUGAUGAGUCCAGAAGGUAAAGGAAGAAUCUUUAUGCUUUUCCUACCCAUUUGUUUGAUAUUUGAUGACAAUUGACCAUUUAUACUGUUGAAAAUGUAUUGCAUAAAUUGUGCUUGGUUGC